AUGGCCGAAGGGCGGGAAGAUAAGACAGCCGGGUGCCGCAGGGGGAGCAAAAGGAAGCAGCAAUCCGAAUCCAGCACCGAUUCUUACAGCACCGACGACUCGGGAUCGGGCGAACCGUCUUCCCCGAAGAGUAGCUCGAGCAAGAGGUGCAGGCGGGACCGCUCGUCCUGCGCACCGCCAGUUUCCGAUUCAGCUUCGGAGGACAGUACCUCAACCGACGUCUCCUCGUCGGACUCGGGGGAAGAGACCUCGCGACAGAUUCCUGUUCAGCACAGCUGGACGUGGUCGGAGUCGUCCGGUCCUCAUGCAGCCUCGGAACCAUUUUCCACGGAGGACAGCUCGACCGACACAUCCUCGUCUGAUUCAGGGGAAGAGACAAUGCAGCAUAGAUUCGUUCAGUACAAGUCACCGUCCUCCGUCUCAAUGAUCAGAUCGGUUUUGGACACGAGUAGUUCGGGUUCGAGCUCAAGCGACAGUUCCUCGUCCGAUCCAGCCGGAGGGAUGCAGCGCCGGUGCAGGCCGUUGUAUGUUUUCGAUUCGGAUUCCGAUUCGGAUUCGGAUUCGAUUCCGAUUCUGAUUCUGAUUUCGAAUAGCAUUUGA